AUCUUUGAUAAAAAUUUAAGGGCUUGUAGGGUGCGAAGUGCGUGAUCAAUUUGCAAGAUGAGCGCCAAGAUCGCGCCUUCGAUGCUCUCCUCCGACUUCGCCAAUCUCGCAGCUGAGGCGCAGCGCAUGCUGGAUUGCGGCGCGGAUUGGCUACACAUGGACAUUAUGGAUGGGCAUUUUGUUCCAAAUUUGACGAUUGGAGCUCCGGUGAUCCAAUCGCUGAGGAAGCACACGAGUGCGUACUUGGAUUGCCAUCUCAUGGUCACGAAUCCACUCGACUAUGUGGAGCCUCUGGCCAAGGCCGGAGCGUCAGGCUUUACUUUCCACAUUGAAGCUUCUCGAGACAACUGGGACCGAGUGUCGAAGAAGGUCAAGGAAAGCGGCAUGAGAGUCGGAGUUUGCCUCAAGCCGGGAACUCCCGUGGAGGAAGUUUUUCCUCUGGUGGAUAGCGGGGAUGUUGAUCUGGUGCUGAUCAUGACGGUGGAGCCGGGCUUUGGAGGUCAAAAGUUCAUGCCGGAGACAAUGAGCAAGGUGAAAGCUCUUCGAUCUCGAUAUCCUUCACUAGACAUCGAGGUACAAGAAACCAGUUUUUCUUUUUCCCUACUUGAAAUCUUCCGCGCACAGGUUGAUGGUGGUCUCGGCCCUUCGACGAUCCAGCAAGCUGCCGAUGCCGGAGCCAACUGUAUUGUCGCUGGGAGCUCAGUUUUUGGAGCUCCCGAUCCAGCUGCUGUCAUCAGCUUGAUGCGAAACAGCGUCCAAACUGCACAAGCAGCUCACUAAGAUAGGCUCGUUUUUCUUUCCUCCAUACAAUAACAAGGCACGGAUUCAUAUUCAUACA